AAAUACAUAUAUUAUAUAGAUGUAUCAUUAUCUUAUGUAACAGAUGUAUCAUUUUUUAAACAGCUUGCUUAGUUACCUUCGGAACUUAUAAAACGAAACUGAAAAAAAAACGAGAGAAAACGCCAAAUAAAAGUCAAAAGAAGUACGUAGUGUAUAUAUACGUACAGAAAAGACAAAGAGUCUACUUCAAAGUCUAAAAAUCCAUGAAAGACUUUGAAGUUUCCUCGUAAUAACACUAUUAAAUCUCUUUAGGAGACGUAUCACUUUCGCAACACGUCUCUAGUAAUGCAUACGUAUAAAAAAUAUAAUCUUUUAACUUAAGAAGAUUUUGCUUUUUUUAAAUGCAUGCAUGUCGUCAAAUGUAAGUAAAACACUCGCAUAUGGCAUAUACAUAAUAGAUUAACACUUGUUAGAUGUGUUUGUGUCUUGGCCCUUGAGUGUAUUCAUGAAUAACAAAGAGAAGAAGAGAUGUUCGCAAACAAACAAACAAUCAAAUAUGCUUCAAAGUUCAAACCUUGUAAAACAUCAAAUAUGCUUCACAGUUAACAUAGUAAAUUGCUAACAAACAGUAACACAAAAGCUUUCGCAAAAUCCAAUGGGAACUGUUGGGCCUCUCUAGUUUACGAUCCAGUGAACUCAUGGACUCAGUGGCACGUUUGGGCCGCAUAAAACAAUAUCUAGCAAUAUAGCAUUGAGGCUAAAGUCAAAGUGCUGCUACGUAUAGAAAAACAAAACUAGCUGCCCAAGACCAAUCAUGACAAAAAAAGAAAGGGUCAAAACUGCAAAGAAAAAAACCAAAACAAAGAAAAUAUAGCAUGUUCAUCAUGAAAAAUUCAACGCUCCAUUGAUCUCCCGACCAAAGUUCAGCUCAUAUUGCAACAAACACAAAUAAAAAUAUAGAUAAAGAUGUACAUGACGGGCUAAAACUGUAGAUAUGUAUGAAAAAAUAUGGGCACAACGUGAUAGCAUCAAAGUCGUCUAUUUUAAGACGUGAUAAGCCUAAAAAACCAAAGAAUAUAUCAAAAAUACCCAACUUAGUGUUUUCCUCAACCUCAAAAACCCCCCAACCCUUCCCACUCUUCCCUAUCCCCUUCAUUUUCCCAAUCAUCAAACGCAGGUGUAGAGUUCCAUUUCUCCAUAGAAAACAUGGCCAAUUCAGCGUCUGGGAUGCAUGUGAGUGAUGAAUGCAAGCUUAAGUUCUUGGAGUUGAAAGCAAAGAGGACUUACAGGUUCAUUGUGUUCAAAAUUGAUGAGAAGGCUCAGCAAGUCCAGAUAGAAAAGCUUGGGAAUCCAGAAGAAACUUACGAUGAUUUUACCAGUUCUAUCCCGGAUGACGAAUGUCGAUACGCUGUCUUUGACUUUGAUUUCACAACCGAGGAUAAUUGUCAGAAGAGCAAGAUCUUUUUCAUCGCGUGGUCACCUGAUACAUCAAGAGUGAGGAGUAAGAUGUUGUACGCAAGCUCAAAAGAUAGGUUCAAGAGAGAAAUGGAUGGAAUUCAAGUGGAAUUGCAAGCAACUGAUCCUAGCGAGAUGAGCCUUGACAUCAUCAAGGGACGAGUCAAUCUCUGACUCUGAGAAAACAUUCUAAAUGCAUCCUUAUUCGUUUCAAAUUAAAUGUUAAGCUUUUCUAUCUAUGACAUGCCAUAUUCUUGGAUAUUUCUGCUUUUGCUUGUUUCACUCUUUGCAUUUUGUGUGGAUUCAGUGUCUUUAAUUGUUAAGUUGUUCUUCACAACAACAGACAAAAAGAAAAGGAUAAUUUAAUUCUUCAGGUUUCCCU